AUGGCAAUGAAAGUUUCUCAGUGCUGUAUUCUAUUUGCAACACUAAUAUUUACGUUGUUGAACUGCUGUGAGUCAAGUUAUGGAGAAUUUACGGUUGAGAUGAAGCAGAUGAUUAGCAAUAACAACAAAGCGUGUGAUGAGAUAUAUGUGGUUCGUGAGGGAGAGACACUUCAAACAAUAAGUGAAAAAUGUGGAGAUUCAUUUAUUGUUGAAGAGAAUCCACAUAUUCAUGAUCCAGAUGAUGUUUUUCCUGGUCUUGUUAUCAAGAUUAACCCUUUCAACAAUAGAUAG